GUGGCUUGACGCAGUCUGGCAACCCCGCGGUGAACGCAGCUGGGUCCGCGUGGAGUUAGUUCGCUCGUUCGCUCGAUCGCGCUGCGGAGAGUUCGCUCUCGGGCUGCUUUCUCCUAACGAUCUGAGUUCGGCAAGUGGACAUCCGCGCCGCUUCAGUCCACCACGGUGAAAGUGUCGCCGCAGCAGGGAGCCAAGGAUGGAGUUGGAGAAGGAAAUGAAGAAGAUGACCCUGGGCCAUGAGAUUGGUGCUGGAGCGAUGUGUUUGAAGUGCAAAGACAAAUGCGAAGGGUUUGAGCUGCACUUCUGGAGGAAGAUCUGCCGAAACUGCAAAUGCGGCCUUGAGGACCACGAUGUGCAGACGGACUUGGUGGAGGACAAGAAAGUGGGAAAGCUGUUUGAGGACACCAAGUACACCGGCGUGAUCCACAAGCUGAAGGCUGAGGGGGUGCCCACCCCCAGGGGAGAUGUGGCCACGACCACAGCAACGGCCGCUCCCGUUGCUCCUGCCAAAAAGAGUACGGCUGUCACCUACGAGUGGACUCCACCUGUCGUCAAUCCAAUCCUGGCAGUGCGCUACAUUGAAUUGCUGCCCCAGGAGAAGCGCCCUGUUGCGGGCACUGAGGGUGCUGCCUACCGCAAGAAGCAGCUGGCCAAGCAGCUGCCCGAGCAUGACCAAGACCCCACAAAAUGCCACGAGCUGUCACCUGGGGAGGUCAAACAGAUGCAGCAGUAUGUUAAGAAGUACAAGGAGGAGGCCCUCGGUGUGGGUGAUCUCGCGCUGCCCGAGGAGAUGAAGGCACCGCCGUCAAAUUCCACCCAGCCUCCAGCAGCAGGUGCCGGAGGUGCCGGUGAUGGAGGCAGGGGAACUGCCGCCGCUGUGGGUGCGCUGGGAGCUCCGCUUGUGCCGAGUCCUCAGGCUGGUCUGGCGAAAGGGCAAGCUUAUUCCUGCCACCGCUGUCAGCUGGCCAUGAAGCCGGGUGAUCCGGCUGUGUAUGCAGAGCGUGCCGGAUAUGACAAACUGUGGCACCCGGCCUGCUUCGUGUGCUGCACCUGUACCGAGCUGCUCGUCGACAUGAUCUACUUCUGGAAGAAGGGCCAGCUGUACUGCGGCCGACACUAUGGCGACAGCGAGAAGCCCCGCUGCGGAGGCUGCGAUGAGCUCAUCUUCAGCAAUGAAUACACGCAGGCAGAGGGCCAGAACUGGCACCUGAAGCACUUCUGCUGCUUUGACUGUGAUUGCGUGCUUGCUGGGGAGACCUACGUCAUGGAGAAGGACAAGCCUGUCUGCAAGCCCUGCUACAUGAAGAGCCAUGCUGUGCAUUGCAGUACCUGCGGCGCUGCGGUGGAGCCUGAGGCCCAGCGUGUCACCUACGGGGAGUACAGCUGGCACGCCGAGCCAACCUGCUUCCUGUGCUCUGGCUGUUCCAAGUGCUUGAUCGGCCAGCGUUUCAUGGCUGUGCGGGCAAAGCUCUUCUGCUCCGUGGAGUGUCGGAAGAAGACUAGCGCCUAGGGCGCGGCAGACCCCGGAGCCCACCGGUGAUGUUUUAGAUGAGCUUUUGAUCAACGACCAUUGUUCCCAGCCUUGACUGCAUCCCUCACAUAGACUUUCAGUGCUAGAAACAACUGCUGUGGCUACAAGUGAGUUAUUAUUGCCUUACUAAGAGCUGCUGUGAUAAGGGACUUCAUUACAUCCAGUGCGGGUUAGAACGCAUGUCCACUUUGUCAUACUGUGGAUUUGUGAAUGGUGCUCAGUUUGGUCAGUCGCUCUUGCUUAAAGAAUUUUGACUAGAUACAUACUCUGCUGCAUUUCUAGUUACUCCCCAGACAUGACCAAUUUUCUUUUGUAUGGGUUCCGUUUUAUACUGCUGCACUAAGUGAAACUGGGCCUUGAAUGUCUUUGUCUCCCUUAAGAGCUACACAGUUCUGUGAGUUACACAUCCAGAUCAACGUAAGACCUGAACAAAGUGUCAAGCCACUGUUUUUCUCCCCCCACCACCACCACAUGCAGAAUCUUCUCUUCUGUGUUGAAAAAGUCAUAUUACAUGGGCUAUAUCAGUUUCUUUCCCACAAGUGUCACAGAAGGACCAGGCAGAUGUAAUGUUGUAUGGGUGUGCUAUGCAAUGUGUUUAUCAUUUGAUUAUCAUGUGCCUUUCCUGUUCUUCGAUGUUUUGCACUUUAUUUCAUAAUCCGUAUGCUAAAUUCACUCAAUAAAGUUUUGCGAUAAAUGAAA